CGUGGGCCGCGCGCUCCGGGCCCACGUGACCACGGGGACUCUGGGAGGGGAGGGGAGGGGAGGGGAAGGGAGCGAGCGCGCCCGGCUCGGCGCCCGCUACUGCCGGGGUGGGCGCUGAAUCCCGGACGGGGGAGGAGGGCAGGCGGGCGCGAGUGUGUGUGUCUCUCUCGAGUCAUUUACCGCGUAGCAGCCGGCGCGAGCGCCGAGGAGGCAGCGGCGGCGGCUUCGUGCAACUGUGGCUCCCUCCACCUCCUCUCGCUUUUUGCUCCUUGAUUCUUCGCCCCCCACACACGUCCAUGGGGAGCCGGCCCCCCUGCCGGCACCUCCUCUCGGCUCGGCCCCCUAGGCACCAGCUGCCGCCUCCCUGGCCGCGGGCUGCGCGGGCGCCCGGUGCCCCGGCCCCUGGCGUGGCGCCCGGGUCUCGCCGCCCGCAGCCCGGGCUGGCGCGGCGCUCCGUUCGCCCAAACUGACUCCGAGAGAGAGGAAACCGAUGCCCAGCUGCACCAAGACAGCGGGCGAGCGAGCGUCCGGGGGCAGGGCGGGGGCGGCAGGGAGACGGAGACGUCGGAGACUCUGAACCCCGCAAAAGUUCAAGGUUUGUGCAGGUUCCCCCCGGGGGAGGCGAGGAGCGAGGUGGAGCUGCGCGCCCCUCUGCUGAGACAGCGAGACCUGGGAGGAGAGGGGGACGGCCCGGAGCCGCCGCGGGCUGGCCGAGCCCCUUGCCAUCCUACUACGGCUGACAGCCGGGAGGCUGGAGUCGGCGCCCCGGGCAGGGAGGGCGCGGGUCCGGCGCAUUAGCCGGCUGUCCCGCUCCCCCGCUUCUCCAGGCCGGGUCUCCAUGGGGCAGCCGGUUCCGGCCGCACCACCUGCGCCCCAGCCGCGGAGCCGCUGCCCGAGCUGGCGGCUCUGAGCCAGCUUGUGUGGAGCCCGGGCCCUGGUCGAGACUGGAGAGCGCGCUGGAGCCGUGCAGCGAGCUCUGUGAGGGGACGAGCCGCGGGCCGCCCGCCUUGGGCAUUUUGUCCCGGCGUCGCCUGGGGUGGCGGCGACCCGCGUCGCCAGUCUCAUCACUGCACGGAAACUUUUCCUGCUCCAGAUGGAUUAAAGUUGCCUGGAUUUUCUCUUUUUUUGUGAAAGAAAGCAUUCAUUUGCUCCUAACCUGGGAUUUUUAUGCUGGGGCUGCUGCAGGGCGCUUGGAGGAAGGAAGCCGCGCUAUCUAUGUGGGGUUACUACCGACACCGAAGAAGCUGGGGCUUGCGCCGGAAAUCUGCACCCUCGGGCGAGUUCAGAUUGGAGCUGGGCCUCGGGACUGGGGGAUCCAGCACUUGGCUCUAGGCAGUCUCCGAGACGCCGGUGGCCACUGGGCUCCGGGACCGCACGUGCGGCUCCCCCCUCGCCGCACAGAUCCUGCAGGGGGCACCAGCCCGGGGAGGUGGAGGCUCCUCCCGCCCGGAGCUGCGCCCCUACCAGCUCCGAGGGUGUAGCCGGCGGCGCCUGGGACGCCCCCUCCCCUCAAAGUGUCCCCGAAUUGCACUCCCUGGUCCCCAGAGCUACAGCAGAGACAUUCGGACGCCACGACCACCCUGAGUUGGAUGUGACCGAACCCAGCCUGGGGCCAAGUCAUCGACGACUAUUGCCCCUUCGGCCCCUUCCCGUUCCCGCCUCGGUCAUGGCCCCAAGGAUGUUGGGCCGAGGCGGCGCCGCCCUGCUCUGCCUCUCGGCGCUGCUCGCCCACGCCUCCGGCCGCUCCCACCCAGCCAGCCCCAGCCCCCCUGGGCCACAGGCCAGCCCCGUGCUGCCGGUCAGCUACCGCCUGUCGCGGACUCGGCUGGCCUUCUUCCUGCGGGACUCGCGGCCCCCGCCGCCUGCGUUCGCCAACGGCUCCCUUCAGCGCUCGGAGCCCUUCGUGGUGUUCCAGACCAAGGAGCUGCCCGUCCUCAACGUCUCCCUGGGGCCCUUCAGCACCAGCCAGGUGGUGGCCCGGGAGCUGCUGCAGCCAUCCAGCACCCUGGACAUCCCUGAGCGCCUGACCGUCAACUGGAAGGUGCGAGCCUUCAUCGUCCGCGCCCGCGUGCCCGCCUCGCAGCCGGUGGCCCAGGUGCUGUUCUAUGUGGCUGGCCGCGACUGGGACGACUUUGGCGUCACCGAGCGACUGCCCUGUGUCCGCCUGCACGCCUUCCGGGACGCCCGGGAGGUCAAGAGCUCCUGCCGCCUCAGCGGGGGCCUGGCCACCUGCCUGGUGCGGGCCGAGCUGCCCUUGGCCUGGUUCGGACCCCCCGCCCCCGCCGCGCCGCCCACCACCCGGCGCAAGUCUCCGGACGGGCUAGACCCGGAGGCCACGGGGGAGAGUCAGCAGGCCGAACUCUACUACACCCUCCAUGCCCCCGACGCGUCGGGCGGCUGCGGGGGCGCACGUCGGGGAGCCGGGCCAGGGACCGGCGCCCGCGGCGAGAGCCCCACCCAGCACCCCCUGCUGCGCAUCGGGAGCAUCAGCCUAUUCCGCCCGCCCCCCAGGAGGGCCCUGCAGGAGCACCGGCUGGACAGCAACCUGAUGAUCCGCCUGCCCGAUCGGCCCCUCAAGCCUGGGGAGGUGCUCAGCAUUCUCCUCUACCUGGCCCCCAACUCCUCCUCUCCCUCCAGCCCCAGCGUGGAGCAUUUCACACUCAGGGUGAAGGCCAAGAAGGGUGUGACCCUUCUGGGCACCAAGUCACGGAGCGGCCAGUGGCACGUGACCUCGGAGCUGCUGACUGGGGCAAAGCACUCAACAGCUACCGUGGAUGUGGCCUGGGCCCAGGGCACCCCACUGCCCCCCUGGGAAGGCCAGGGGCCGCUGGAGAUCCUGCAGCUGGACUUUGAGAUGGAGAACUUCACCAGCCAGUCAGUCAAGCGGAGAAUCAUGUGGCACGUCGACUACCGCGGCCACAGCGCCCUGCCUGACCUGGAGCGGGCGGUCACCGAGCUGACAGUCAUCCAGCGGGAUGUGCAGGCCAUCCUGCCCCUGGCCAUGGACACCGAAAUCAUCAACACGGCUAUCCUGACGGGCAGGACGGUGGCCAUCCCGGUCAAGGUCAUCGCCAUCGAGGUGACUGGUCUCGUCCUAGAUGUCUCUGCCUUAGUGGAAUGUGAAUCUGACAAUGAGGACAUCAUCAAGGUAUCCAGCAGCUGCGACUACGUGUUUGUGAGUGGAAAGGAGUCGCGCGGGUCCAUGAACGCCAGGGUCACCUUCCGCUAUGACAUCCUCAAUGCCCCUCUGGAAAUGACAGUCUGGGUCCCCAAGCUGCCCCUGCACAUCGAGCUCUCGGAUGCACGCCUCAGCCAAGUGAAGGGCUGGAGGGUGCCUAUCCUCCCCGACCGGAGGUCGGCCCAGGAGAGUGAAGACGAGGACGAGGAGGAGGAGGAGCGGCGGCCGAGCGCCAGCCGCGGCUGCGCCUUGCAGUAUCAGCACGCGACUCUGCAGGUCUUCACGCAGUUCCACACAACAUCGUCCGAGGGUGCCGACCAGGUGGUCCCCAUGCUGGGCCCGGACUGGCUGGUGGAGGUCACUGACCUGGUCAGCGACUUCAUGCGGGUGGGGGACCCCCGAGUGGCACGCAUGGUGGACAGCAGUACUCUGGCGGGCCUGGAGCCGGGCACCACCCCCUUCAAGGUGGUGUCCCCACUGACGGAGUCUGUACUUGGGGAGACGCUGCUAACAGUGACGGAGGAGAAGGUCAGCAUCACACAGCUGCAGGCCCAGGUGGUGGCCAGCCUCGCCCUCUCCCUGCGGCCUAGCCCAGGGAGCAGUCAUACCAUCCUGGCCACCACGGCUGCCCAGCAGACCCUCAGCUUCCUCAAGCAGGAAGCCCUUCUAAGCCUCUGGCUUUCCUACAGUGAUGGCACCACAGCCCCCCUCUCCCUCUACAGCCCCCGGGACUACGGGCUGCUGGUGAGCAGCCUGGACGAGCGGGUGGCUACAGUGACCCAGGACCGGGCCUUCCCGCUGGUGGUGGCGGAGGCCGAGGGUGCCGGGGAUCUGCUGCGCGCAGAGCUCACCAUUGCCGAGAGCUGCCAGAAAACCAAACGCAAGAGUGUGCUGGCCAUGACCCCCGUGGGCCUGCGGGUGCACUUUAGGCGGGACGAGGAGGACCCCACUUACGACUACCCGGGGCCCAGCCAGCCAGGCCCCGGCGGGGGCGAGGACGAGGCCCGGGGAGCCGGCCCCCCGGGCACAGCGAUGCCAGCAGCUGAGGCCCCAGGCCCGGGCACUGCCAGCGCCGUGCCGCCCACGGAAGACUUCCUGCCGCUGCCCACCGGCUUCCUGCAGAUGCCGCGCGGGCUGACGGACCUGGAGAUCGGCAUGUACGCGCUGCUGGGCGUCUUCUGCCUCGCCAUCCUCGUCUUCCUCAUCAACUGCAUCGUCUUCGUGCUGCGCUACCGGCACAAGCGCAUCCCGCCCGAGGGCCAGACCAGCAUGGACCACUCUCACCACUGGGUGUUCCUAGGCAACGGGCAGCCCCUGCGGGUGCAGGGAGAGCUGUCUCCGCCCGCGGGCAACCCACUGGAGACCGUGCCUGCCUGCUGCCACGGCGACCACCACAGCAGCGGCAGCUCGCAGACCAGUGUGCAGAGCCAGGUGCACGGGCGGGGCGACGGCUCCUCGGGCGGCUCGGCCCGCGACCAGGCCGAGGACCCUGCCAGCUCGCCCACCUCCAAGCGCAAGCGGGUCAAGUUUACCACCUUCACCACCCUGCCCACGGAGGAGCUGGCCUAUGACUCGGUGCCCGCCGGCGAGGAGGACGAGGAGGACGAAGAGGACCUGGGUUGGGGCUGCCCGGAUGUGGCGGGCACCACGCGGCCCACGGCACCCCCAGACCUGCACAAUUACAUGCGCAGAAUCAAAGAGAUCGCGUAGAGGCGCCGUCCCCCGGGGGUGGGGGUGGGCUCUGUGGGGGACAUGGCUGGGACCCCCCUCACACUGACGCAGGCCGGCCGACAUGGAUUUUGUACUCCCUGCCCCUGCAGCUUUGCUCCGUGCUGGGUGGCCGCCUACCCUACAGGGUCCUUCCCGCCACCUCGCCCCAUACCCGAUUCUGCCACCCAAGGUGGAGGGCUCCUUCCUCAGGAGCUUCGAGGAGGAAAGCAAUCCCGGGCCUUGUUCCACUCUUUCCAGACCUCCUCCCAUCUUAGACAACCCCCUGCCCCAAAAGUGAGGCAUGGAGGCCAAGCUUGGGGUGAGGUGGGCCACACUGUGCCCCUGCCCCCCGUGUCCCCUGUCUUCCCCUGUGUUGGGGGCUUUGGGGGGCCUUGUGUCACAAGCUGCACAAAGACUUUUCUCAAACCACUAUUCAGGGAUUUCUGUCCUGCAGGGUGGGGAGGCGGCAGCGGCCUGCCCUGCCAAGGAUCUUGCUGUGGACAAACUAUCGGUGGUGGGGGGUGGGGGAGACACUUGUAGCAUCUGCUGGCUUCUGGGUGCCCCUGGUCCCUUCCCAGUACCUGGGAGCUGACCCUACAGAGGGGUCUUGGGCCAAGCCAGGCACCUUCCUGAGAUCUCAGGACUCCCUCCUCUGUCCCAACUGGCUGUGGGCAGGGGCCUCAGUGGGGAGGAGCCCUGGGUCUGCCCCUCGAAAACCAUACCCCAGCACUGUGGUCUGGGCAGCCCAGGGAAGCCGGGUCCCCCUGCUGAGCCCACAGCGAGGUCAACACCGCGCCUUAGCCCCACCCCUCCUGCUCUGCUGACCAUGCCUUCCUCUCCACAGGGGCAGCCAGCCACCCUCCCCCCAGGAAGCAGAAUCUGGUGGGGGGGGGGAGAGGGUACCAGGGGACAAGCUGUGGAGGACCUUGGGACAGGCCAAGGCAGCAGGGAGCCAGGCGUCUCCCCACCCCUCCCAGCCCACAGCCACUUCUCUCUUGGGUUCUACCCACCACUGUGUCUGAUUUUCUUAAAUAAAUGGGGGUGACCAGACUGGACCGGAGCAGCAGCUCCUGGAGAAGAGAAA